GGAUGUGGCUCUUCGUUUUGGGGAGGACCUGCCCCUGGAAUGGCUAAUCUGUAAUUCCUCUGACAGCCAAUCACAGCGCCCAGCAGGAAAUACCUGUGGGAGAGCCUCGUGCCUAGCACCACUCUGGCCCCAAGCAGCCCUCUCUUCCCUUAGCCAGCCCUGGUGUCCAAGGCCUCGCCAGAGCACCAAGCAGGAGCCAAGCCUUCCGCGGCCUCAGCAUGGCGAUCUUGGCCUGGCUUGAGCCUAGGCCGCUGCUGGCUGUGCUGGUGCUGGUGCUGACCAUGAGGAUGGCCCAGCCUGCUCAUCUGCUGACUUUGCUGAGUUCAGGCCAGGGUGCUCUGGACCGCGUGGCGCUGGGCGGCCUGUUAAAUACACUGGCGGCCCGUGUGCACUGCACCUCAGGGCCGUGUGGAAAGUGCCUGUCCGUGGACGACCUCCUGGCCCUGGGCAGGCCUGAGGAACCUGGCCACCUCGCCCGCCUCAGUGCCGCUGCCGCCCUCUACCUCAGCGACCCUGAGGGCACGUGUGAGGACAUUCGGGCUGGCCGCUGGGCCUCCCGCGCCGACCAUCUCCUGGCCCUGCUCGAGGGCCCCAAGGCCUUGGCCCCAGGCCUGAGCAGGCUGCUGCAGAGGAUUCAGGCCCAGACCACGGGCCAGCCCAGCGCAGGGGAGGCCUGCGUGGAUCCGCCUCAACUGCUGCGAGAGGCGGGGGUAGCGGGGGCGCCCGGCAGCCCUGGCCCCGUGCUGGCCACCCUGCUGGAGCACGUGGGGCGCGGGUCCUGCUUCCACACCCUGCCGACGCCCCAGUACUUCGUGGACUUCGUUUUCCAGCAGUCCCACGGCAACACGCCCAACAUCUCUGUGGCCGAGCUGGCGGCCUUGAUGCAGCGCCUGGGGGUGGGCGGAGUGACCGAAACCCACAGUGACCACCAUCAUCAGGAGAAAAGGGUCAACCGCCAGGGCCCCACGCCCCUCACCGCCCCCAACAGCAGCUCUGACACAUGGGACACAGUAUGCCUGAGUGCCAGGGACGUGAUGGCUGUGUAUGGGCUGUCUGAGCAGACCGGGGUGACCCCAGAGGCCUGGGCCCAACUGAGCCCCGCCCUGCUCCAACAGCAAUUGAGUGGAGCCUGCAGCCCUCAGCCCAGUCACCCAGCCCAGAACCAGCUUAGCCAGGCGGAGAAGUAUCUGUACGGCUCGCUGGCCACGCUGCUCAUCUGCCUCUGCUCCACCUUUGGCCUCCUGCUUCUCACCUGCGCCGCCUGCAGCACUGCUGCCCACUAUGUCAUCCAGACCUUCCUGGGCAUGGCCGUGGGCGCACUCACAGGGGACGCCCUCCUGCACUUGACACCCAAGGUUCUGGGGCUGCACCAGCACGGUGGGGACAGCGAGCACAGGGCAGACAGCCACGGCCCACAGACCACCUGGCGCCUCGUGGUGGCACUCAGCGGCCUCUAUGUCUUCUUCCUGUUCGAGAAACUCUGCGACCUCUUGCUGCCCCAGGACCCAGAGGACCGGAAGGGCACACCUCGCAGCCACAGUGGCCACAGCCACGGCAUGUCCCUGCAGCUGGCACCUAGGGAGCUCCGGCCACCCAAGCAGCCCCACGAGGGCUCCCGUGCAGACCUGGUGGCAGAAGAGAGCCCUGAGCUGCUGAGCCCGGAGCCCCGGAGAAAGAGCCCAGAGCUGAGGCUGUUGCCCUACAUGAUCACGCUGGGCGACGGCUUGCACAACUUCGCCGACGGGCUGGCCGUGGGCGCCGCCUUCGCGUCCUCCUGGAAGACGGGGCUGGCCACGUCGCUGGCGGUGUUCUGCCACGAGGUGCCCCACGAGCUGGGGGACUUCGCGGCCCUGCUGCACGCAGGGCUGCCGGUGUCCCGGGCGCUGCUGCUGAACUUGGCCUCGGGGCUCACGGCCUUCGCCGGCCUCUACGUGGCGCUCGCACUCGGCGUCGGCGAGGAGAGCGAGUCCUGGACCCUGGCGGUAGCCAUCGGCCUCUUCCUCUACGUGGCGCUCUGCGACAUGCUUCCGGCCAUGCUGAACGUGCGCGACCCGCGUCCCUGGCUCCUUUUCCUGCUGCACAACGUGGGUCUGCUAGGCGGCUGGGCCGUCCUGCUGCUGCUGUCGCUGUAUGAGGACAGCAUCGCCCUCUGAUAGCCUCCGCCCCGCUCUUGGGACCCUGACUCUGGCCCCUGGCCCUGCGCUGUCUCAGCCCCUUGAACCUGAACCUACAGCUGGGGACCUGGAGAGCCCUAAGCCUUCGAGAGUUCCCGCCCUCCCAGGCCCCCCAACCCAUCUUCAAUAAAGGCAUUCCCGCCCUUGGAGCCCAGACUGUUCUUCCCGCUGUGGGGAGGGCCUCCCACCAAGAAGGGCCACUGAGUGGGGCAGUGCUUAGAACCCCGACAGGAACCAGCAGAGCUAUGCUCUGGAAUUUCCAGGCCUGGGACACCACUGCCCCACCUCUGCCUUGGACCUCCCCUCCUUUUGAGGAAGAGGAUCCACCAGGUGGGCCCGUCUCCACCUUCCUACUGCCAGCCCUGCCCACGACCUCAGCCCAGCGGCCCGCUCUCCCCUUCCCUUCCCCUGCCUGGGAUGGCAGCGCCCUGCCCAUUGCUUCCUCCCCAGGACUGCUCCUGUGUGUGUCUGGCUCUCUCCACAGGGUCCACUCCGUCCCUCAGAUGCGUUCUCCUUCAUUUGUUAGGGUGCUUGCCACGUGCCAGGCUCCGGUCCUAUGGUCCUAUGGGCACUGACUUACUCAGUUGUCACAGAUGCCAUGUGAUGUGGGCACCCUGACUGUCCAUUUGACAGAGAUGCUGAGCGUCAGUGUUCUGCCCCUGCUGCCUCCUGCAGCACAUCUUCACGGUCCUGGCUGUGGUACUUCCUAUGAUUUCUGAAGGGGUUUAGUGUAGCCCGGGGUUUACACAACUGCCUGGACAUCCGGGUGGCCCCUUUGGGCACCCACCCCAUGGUCCAGACUCGGAGCCUUGUUGUUGACAUGAGCAAGUGUGCGGAUCUCGAUGCAAUAUACGUGUAUAUGCCAA